AGUCUCUCCCGCUACGGUCACCAUGACACGCUCGAAAACCUUCCAGGCCUACCUGCCCAACUGCCAUCGCACCUACAGCUGCAUUCACUGCCGAGCGCAUCUGGCCAACCACGACGAGCUUAUCUCUAAGUCUUUUCAAGGGAGCCAAGGCAGGGCCUACCUCUUUAACUCAGUGGUGAAUGUGGGAUGUGGUCCAGCAGAAGAGAGGGUACUGCUAACUGGACUUCAUGCGGUGGCGGAUAUCUACUGUGAGAACUGUAAAACCACUCUGGGCUGGAAAUAUGAGCAUGCCUUUGAGAGCAGUCAGAAGUAUAAGGAGGGCAAAUUCAUCAUCGAGCUGGCUCACAUGAUCAAGGACAAUGGGUGGGACUGAAUCCCCCGAAUACCCAUGGGCCACACAUGCUGGAAAGAGAUGUGCAGCAUAUGAAUAAUUAGUUUCAUUAUCUGGCUGUAACUUUCUCCCUGGAAAUCAGUCCACCUGACGCACACCUAGACCCCAAGGGUGCAAGGUUUAUAGCAGCGGUGCUAUCCCACUCCUGUCUGUACAUACGUGUAUGUGACUGAACAAAUGUGUGCCAGCUAAACACCAAGUGUUGAUCUUAUGUGAGUAUUUUCCUCUUAAAUCGAAGGCGUGUGUGUCCAAAUUGAUGUACCUGUACUCAAACAUUUGUAUGCUCUUUUUCUGGGUUGGCAAAGGCCUUUGACAUGCCACAGUUCUGUCCCAUACUCAGGUUUAACAAAUGGCUGGAUUUAUGGAAAACUAGGGUGAAAGAAUUACCGGUUUAGCAAGGCACCUUUUACUGUAAUUCAACAGUGUGUGUUGUAAGAAAGGCAAAAAAAUCUAUUUACUUUGUUUCAAUUUUUUCUGUAAUUUCUUUAUUUCCAGUUUCAUCUUUGUCACUUGCAUGUUGUUUAUUUAUACUUAUAUUUAUUGAUCUGUUCAUUUUGAUCAUUUGUUUUUGGUUUUAUGGAUUUUACACCAAUGGUAAACCGUAGCAAACACGGUGGUCUUUAUCUGGCCUCAUAUAGUGGAAGUAGCAAUGUAUGAUAGAGGUUUGUGAUUACAUUUCCUGUCCAGAUUGUGAUGGAGUAAAUGAGGCAUUCAUAUGCCAUGUAUGGGACACAGGGCGCAAGUCACAUACAUUUGCUAGAACCAAGUCUUUAUACUGCUACAGCCAAAGCUGAGAAAGCAGCUGUUAGGAUUGAAAGGGAACUGAGGCUUUCUCACAACCAUUGAUGUCCCAUUUGGUGUCUUCAGUUCCCACCAUCAAAACACAAAUCAAAGCAGUAAGUGGUAAACCAGACUUUCUCACCACAAAGAAAGCAGUCGACAGCUGCUAAUUGUGGCAACUGAACGAGGUAUUCCAGCAGGGGCUCGUGGAAAAAAAGGUGCAACCAAAGACUCCAUCAACAAAACGCUGACCAAAUCGAGUUUGAUUUCCUUGAUUUAGUUGCGUCGUUCUGUGCGGACUCCAUCAUUUGGUUAAGUUGUAUUGUCCUUCCCGGAUCUAGUUGAUUUUCUUUGAUUUAGUCACUUUGGACGUUAGCAUUAUUACAUUGUCUAAUUUUAUUAAGUGUGUAUUUAUGAUCAGUAAUUAAUGUUUUAGCACACAAUCUUAAGUCUGUGUAUUUAUUGUUCUGUGGGACUGCUCCACCUAUUCCAACAUUGUUUUUUACUCUUUAAAAACCAUUUCAGUGUCUUGGUUUUCAAGGAAGAACGUAUGAGUGAGAUCUA